GGCCGGGCCGGGCCCGGCAGUUCCGGGCUCCGCACACGCCGGGCGGCGGCGGUGGCCGCCGGAUUGCGGGACCGGGAGCGGUGCCGGGGGGAGUGUAGCGAUGCAGCCGCCGCCGCGUAAGGUGAAGCUCACCCAGGAGGUGCGGGUCCACCUCCUCGAGCAGCUCUCGGGCCUGCAGGGCAAGCAGCAGCGGGACGCCGAGCUGCUGGAGGACAUCAGGUCCUACAGCAAGCAGAGGGCGGCCAUCGACCGGGAGUACGGGCAGGCGCUGCAGAGGCUGGCGAGCCAGUUCGUGAAGAGAGACUGGCAGCGGGGCCGCGGCGAUGCCGGUGACUCGAGGAGUGCGGUGGCUGUCUGGAAGGGUGUCAUCGAGGGGACCGCGCACGCCGGGCAGGUCCGUGUCACCGCCUCGGAGACCUACCGUGCUCUCGCCGCGGAGGCCGCCCGGACUGCCCGCCUCUCCAAGGAGCGGAUGCUCAAGAAGGGCAUCGAGCGGCUGCAGAAGGCACAGGCGGAACUGCUGGAGACAGUGAAGGAGCUGGACAAGGCGAAGAAGCAGUUCACCCACCUCCAGCGGAGCAGCGAGGUGGCCAAGGACAAGGCGGCCGAUGUGGAGGCUCGGCUCCGCAAGAGCGACCGGAGGAUAUUUCACACCAAGGCCAGCCUGCAAAAACUCAGCGCCAAGUUCUCGGCGCGGCUGGCUGAGCACUCGAGGCAGCUGGCCGGGGUGCAGAACGAGUACGGCUUCGCCCUGGUGUCUGCCACCGCCCACCUGGAGCAUUACCGGCGGGUGGAGCUGCCCGCCGCCAUCCAGGCGCUGGACGGUGACCUCUAUGAGCGGCUGCGGGAGCACUUGUCGGUGGCCAGCCGGACGGAGGUGGAGACCUGCCGGGCCACGCGGGACUGGUUCCAGAGCGUUGCGGAGGCAUCUGCACGGGUCUGCCGGGAGCAGGACCUCCUCCUCUUCCUGCAGGACCACCCCGCCUUCGCCCUGGCCCCCGAGCAGCACUUCCAGCUCGCCGGGGUGGAGGAGGUGUGCCUGCUGCCGCCGGGGGAUGAUGGGGCAAGCCUGGAGAAGGAGGCACGGCGCUGGGCCACGCGGGUGGCUCGGGACCACAAAAACAAGGCACACGGCGAGGAGGUGCUGCAGUGGCUGGAGGCCAGGAGGCAGCAGGUCCCGGAGGCGGAGGCGGCCACUGUGGAGCGGCAGAUGGAAGAAGCCAGGGAGAACAUCCGGAAGGCAGAGGUCAGCCGGGUGAAGGCAGAGGCACGGCUGGCGCUGCUGCGGGCGGCAGGGCUGGACGUGGACGCGUGGCUGGCGGGGGCCAUGGUGGGGGCGGGCGAGGAGGCGCCCGUGGGGCUGGAUCCGGCCGAGUUUGACGACUACGAGGACAGUGACGAACCAGAUGAGGACAACGAGCCCGGUCCCACUGCCCGGACCUACCCCUACACCUGCCGGGUGAUCUUUGGGUACCAGGGCCGCCAGGCGGACGAGCUGUCCAUCGCGCAGGGUGAGGAGCUGGAGGUCAUCGAGGAUGGUGACGCAGAGGAGUGGGUGAAGGCUCGGAACAAGGCGGGCCAGGUUGGCUACGUCCCUGAAAAGUACCUGCUGUCCCUGGGCGGUGAGCCGGGGGCUGGGGCUGGCCCCCCAGGACCCUCUGCCCUGCACCGCCAGCUUUCCAGCAUCAUGGCUGCGGAGCUGGUGCUGGAGCCUGGAGCCUGGCUGGUGCGAGCCCUGUACGACUACGAGGGGCAGAGCCCCGAGGAGCUGAGCUUCCCCGAGGGGGCCAUCAUCCGGGUGCUGCCCCGUGCCCCCGGUGAAGUGGACGACGGCUUCUGGAUGGGCGACUUUGACGGCCGCAUCGGCGUCUUUCCUUCCCUGGUGGUGGAGGAGCUCACCGGGGCCCGGGAGGCAGCGGGGCAGGAGCUGCCGUCGCCGUCCCCACCGCCCUUCUCCCCGCCUGGCCUUGUGCCCGGUGCCAGCCUGACCCCCAGCCCCUCUCCUGAAACGCCGCUGGGAGGUUGCCGGCAGGAUGGCGCGGGCAGCGGGCAGAGCUCUCCGGACCUGGCAGCCACCCGCCUCCGGCCACUCCGCGCCCCCCCCCCCGCCACCCGGCAGAGCCCCCGAGCCCGACCCUGAGCUGCACUUCAGCUGACCGUGUGGGUGUCGUCCCCCCCCUCCGUCGUUCCCCGCUCCCCAAAAAACUCCUCCCGAGCGAGCUCCCGCAGGCUGCCAUCCCUGCGGCAGGGACUGGGGGUGACCCGCGCCCCAAGCUGGUCUUGCCAGGGGGGGCAGAGGGGUCUGCAUCGUGCCCUGUGCUGCCUGCGGAGUGGUCCUGCAUCCCUGUACAGCGGGGGGCGGGGGGCAUCCUGGCAGCCGGUGUGUCGGGGUGCCACAGCCGGGCCCCAGCUUUUGCCUCUGCCCCUUCUGCACCCCCAGUGCAGCCCUGGUUCCCCGGGGUGCGGGGGCUCAGCCCUGGCCCCCUGCCUUCCCCCCCCCACCCUGGGCAUCUCCCCGCAGGCAGGUGGGGGCUGUGCCCCAAUAAAACCAGUUGCCUCUGCCCAGGGG